AAUCCAAUCCAAAUCCAACCCAAACCCACUCCAACCCCAUCCAAAUCCACCAAUCCAAUCCAAAAACCAAUCCAAAUCCAAUCCAAAUCCAACCAAACCAAUCCAAACCAA